AGUCCCUUCAAGAACGCGUCUGUUUUGCACGGCAAGAAAACUGCGCUACUUUUCCCUACCAAAAAUUAACUAUCUGUUUGGGAAAAUGUUAAGUAAAACGGCAUAAUCUAUAGUAAACAUUAUAAAGUAAUACACGUGAAGUACACAAGUAUACAUAGCACAAAAGCAAAAGUGUUGUAACCGGAAAAUAAGUUUUUACUGAUUGCAGUUUGUGCCUUUGUGCAAAAAUUGGGAAAAAUGGAGUCUUUAUUCGAUCAACUGAAAUCAGAGCCCCCGAUAAACUUAAAAAAUGUCGGAGUUGGCAAACAAGAUGAUACAAACAAGGCUCCAAAACGGUCACCUUCACCUGUAUCAUUUAAAGAUUUGCUAACGCCAAAUAAAAUAAAAAAGGCAGUUGAAAAACGUGUAGAAAAUUCAGCGGGGCGACGUGAAUCUAUGCCGCCACCGGCAACAAAUUUUGUUGCGAAAAAUGUAAGCAAAAGCCGCAGUCUGUCACCACCAAAAGGCGUAUUUGUUAAACCAUUUAAAGUGCUUUUAGAAAGAAAGAAAGUAGAGGAAAUGUUAGAUGGCAAGAGUCACAAACUUAGUAAAACAUCAAAGGCAUCAACAGCAUUAAAGCGCCAGAGUCAGGAAGUCCGUGUAACGUCAGCAAUAAAGAACGGCGAAAAAUCACCAAAGAAGGCAACACCCACGAAGGCUCAGCAAAAAUUGUUCGACCCUGCAGUACUUGUAAAGGCGCAACAGUUAACUGAACUUAAGGUGAAGCGCUGUAAAGUGCGUUUGCUGCGGCAGGAUUUAACAAAGCUCCAACGUGAAUUUCAUGCAAAAAGGAAAGCGCAAAAUAAAAACAAAAUAUCAAAUAAACAGCUAUCUGGUAAAAAUCGUACAAGCAAUAGUCCGUUGCCUUUAGAAAAAAACUCUCCUCCCAAACGUAGCCGACCACAAUCUGAAGCAAAAGAUUCGAAGCAAUCUGGAUUUUUUAUAAAAUUAAAUGCACUUACAAGAUCGCCAAAAUCAAAAGCAAAAGUUGAGAAGUCAAUAAAAGAAAAAAAAUUGCCGCAAAAGCUAAGUGCAGGGUCCAUUGCAAAAAGAGUAAAUGCUGCUGCCGCGAUUUCAAGUACCAAGCCAACGAAAUUUACAAGAACUCAGUUAAUAAAGAUGUAUGGCAAGCGUGUAUUCUGCUCACGUGUUAAAAUGGAGCGCUGUACACAUCCUAUGAUGUUAAUUUUUGAAUCAAAUGCCCGCGCUCGACGACUCCAAGCGAAGCGCUCUAAAUCAAAAAAUUUAUCUGUGUCUUUUCGUGAACAGGUUGAAAUAUUUGGCGACAGUAGUGAUUCGGAAGAAACCGAUUUUAGUCAAAUUAUUGAGAACGAAGUACCAUCCACAUCUCAAGCAGCUCUAAAAUCGUCUAAUUCGGCAAUUAUUUCAUUGACUGCUACGCCGGCGCGUCUUAAAAAAGUAGAAAAUGGUAAAGUAGUCGAUGAUAUUGAGUUAGAUCCCUCUCUCUUUGUUGCCCCGGCUGUUUCUAGUACACCUUAUCCAUCACCUGGGCGAAAGAAGCGUGAAAAAAAAUCAUUCAGUCCACUAAAAGGUGAUGGGUCGCCUAGUCCACGCAAGGAGCAGCUGAAAUUGGCCAAUGAGAAAAUGCCGCCAAGUAGUUUACGGCGAUUGACUGCUGAUGAGGUGGACGAGGAGGAUGAUGAAGACGACGAGUGUGAAUACAUAGUUCCAAUCGAAAUACCUGAACGACGCAUAUCACGGACCAGCUCAGCCAACGCAGUUGACGAUGCCGUAUCGGAUAGGGAACAGCAAAUACCGAUUCACAAUGAAUUGCAAUCGACACCAAUAAAUGCGGCAGAUACAAUUGAUAAUACAUCUUCUGUGCAGGAAUCUUCAGGCGAGAGUUUCGCAUCGGCCGUGGAACAGCCGAUAUUUCCAAAUGAAGCUACUGAAAAUAUUAUAAAUGGUUCAUCCGCCAAUAGUGCUGAGUCGAUUGAAGCAACUAAAGACGUGGUGGUGGAAGCAAGAGAAAACGCUACUGACUCUGCCAUAACUGAGAUGCCCAAACUCACUCGCAUUGAUGCAGUCUCGCCUACGCAGUCAUUAAACUCAUUAAACGACAUAGUAGACUCCCUUAUGAAUACUGUAAAUGCUGAACGUGCCUCGGCCACCACCGAAAGCACGAAAGCAGUUGAUGAAGUGUUUAAAACGAACAACGGUGCUGAAGGUGACAUAAAUGACAGAAAUGCGCCUGAUGAACUUUCAAUAGGCGAUUCAAAGUUGCGGGUUACCCUGGAUGAUGACAUAUCGUUGCAAUUAUUUGUUGACGAAGAUACCACAGUGAAAGAUAGUGAAAUUGUAGAUGGAAUUGUACAGGAACGUAUUGAUGAGAUUUCUAAAAAUAAACAACUGAGCUCUCCCAAUGAGGCAUCUGCAAACCUCAUGAGUUCGAACGUGUCAGCCGAAUGAUGAUCUAUUAUAUGAGCGUUAAGUAGCUUCGCUUUUCUCUACGCAUAAUGAAAUUGUGCCGUACAAUUGCGGCUCCUGAUUUGUGAAGACCUAAUUUUAAGUACAUAUAUAUUGGUUAAUUUUUAGUUGAACCGUCGCAUUAAAAGUCUAGCCACGACAUUUUGUUAUCUACCUAAGAUUUUUAUGGGCAUUUGCAGUCGAACAAUAUUCACUUUUAAGUGCUUUAUUCCUUUCAUAUAUUGAUAAAGAGCUAAUAUCAAGCAAACUGAUUCGUAUUUUACAUGUUUCCUGUUUAUGUACAUAUAUACAUAUGAAAAAACGAAUAUUAAAAUUUGAUUUAGUUGAAAGUUGCUUAAAGUAAUUUAAUACGAAA